AAAAAAUCUAUCAAUUAUUCAAAAGUAGUGAUUAGUGAAUGAAUAUAUUUCAUCCUUCAUUUGAAGUGUGGUGCAAGACGCGCGAACCAGAGAAAUAACUCUAAUCCGGUUUGGUUCGAUUUAUAAGAUCAAAAUGGUUUAAAUUUUGGUUCAUUAAGUUUGAUCGGUUUGGUUGUGGUUUUUUAUUGUUUCCCAAACUGCCGAUGAAUAGUCAAAGUUAUGUCAAGUCGGUGAUCGGAGAACUUUUUGACGCCGAGAGAGAGACAGAGAAGAAGCGAGAGCGAGAGAGAAAUGGCGCAACCAAGCAAAGAACCCUGCAAGAAAGAGGCUUGUGACAUCCAAGCCUGUCUUUCCAAAAACAAUUUUCUUCCUCAAAGGUGCCAGAGAGUGAUAGAGAUGUUACAGGCAUGUUGUGAGAGAUGCAAUAACGAGUCAACACAUUGUGGAUCUGUAGCUGCUCUCUUGAAGCAAAUCAAGAAGUAACAACAAUAAGCAAAGGACUAAUCCCUCUAAACCUGCUAGAGGCAUCAGAAGAGACUACAAAGCAAAUUUCUCUUUCUGUCUGUAUAAAUAUUAAAUAGCAAAUAAAAAACAUCUUUGAGUGUAAUAAAUAAUUCCGGCUAUUAUUUUUUAAUUAAAUUUGAAAUUUGUGAGUAUCCACGUGUACACUGG